AUGGCUGGAUCUGGAAGUUCUAAAGUUAGGACUCCAGUUUUCUCCGGUGAGAACUACAAGUUCUGGAGAAUCAAAAUGGUGACAAUCUUCAAGUCUCAUGGGUUGUGGAGAUUGGUUGAAAAAGGGGUUAUGACCUCAAAUUCCAAGAAGAAGAAAGCUGAAGGAAGUUUAGAAAAGGAAAGUGAUGAGAAAAUGGUGCUUGCCUACAUGCAGGAUGCUAAGGCUCUGGGCAUUAUUCAGAAUGCUGUUUCAGAUCAGAUUUUCCUACGAAUAGCUAAUGCUGAAUCAGCAAAAAUGGCUUGGGAUUUGCUGUAUGGAGAGUAUCAUGGUGGUGAUCAGGUGAGAUCUAUAAAACUACAAAAUCUGAGGCGUGAAUUUGAGUAUGCUAGGAUGAGAGAUGAUGAAACUCUAUCUGAUUAUCUGACUAGGCUAAAUGACUUGAUAAACCAAAUGAAAACAUUUGGUGAGAUUCUGACUAAUGAAAGUCUUGUUCAGAAAAUGUUGAUUAGCCUUAGCAAGCCAUACGACCCUAUUUGUCUGGUUAUUGAAAAUACCAAAAGUUUGGAGACUGUGGAAUUGCAGGAAGUUGUAGCUAUUUUGAAAAGUAAAGAACAAAGGGAAUGCACAGAUGGUAAGGCUAUUCAAAAGGCAAAUUGUGCUAAUCAAGCUGAGCUGACUGGAAAUAUUUUUUAUGCUAAUAGUGUCAUUACUGAAGUGCAAAUGAAUGGAAAUUGGUAUAUUGAUAAUGGUUGUAGCAACCACAUGACUGGAAAUGCUGAGUUGCUUGUUGAUGUAAGGACAAAUGUCCAUGGAAAGGUGCAAACGCCUACUGGAAAUCUGGUAGAUGUUGCAGGAAUAGGCUCAUUGGUGAUUAACACAAGUGCAGGCAGAAAAUACAUCAGGGAAUUCAUGUUUCUACCUGGUUUGAAGGAAAAUUUGUUGAGUGUUGGACAGAUAGAUGAACAUGGGUAUUACCUGCUCUUUGGUGGAGGCUAG